AUCAAGUCCUUAACGGGGAACCUUGGAAGAUGUUAGGAUUGUCUGCUCAUUGAAAUGUCUUGGCAGUUGUACAUUUAACACUUUGUACCUCCAAUUUGUCUCAGCUGCCUCUCUCUUUCUCAACAGGAACCCAUCUCUGAAGCAGCAGCUGUUCUCUUACGCCAUCUUGGGCUUUGCUCUGUCUGAAGCUAUGGGUCUUUUCUGUUUGAUGGUUGCAUUCCUUAUUCUGUUUGCCAUGUAAACCAGUGAGCAUUUUACUGUAAAGGGAUACAUCACAAUGUUAACAAGACUGUGCAGUUUAAGGUUCCCUUGAAUUGUACAAUGAUUUCAACCUAUCGUGAUGCCCAUUCUUGUUGAUUGGUGUCUCUUAAGAGAUUGUGAACACAGAGAAUAAUUUGCAGCAGCAGAAGCAGUCCUAUUUACUCUGGCUGAAUGUGAAUAUUUAAAGCUGUUAUCUGCCUUGACUGUCACAUCCAGUAAGGCAGAUGUGCUUUAUAUGUACCAGUCACACAUUUAAAUUAUUUUACAAAUAAAAUGCCAAAGAUGCCAACACAGAUUUUGCAGUGUCACUAACUUUGACAUUGCACUUUGGGAACACUCACAUUGAAGGUGGCCUACAUUAGAAGUGAUCAUUGAACUGCAAAUAAACCGAGUAAGCCCUUAUGAUAUUUACCUUUUAUACAAACAUUUAUAUUCUGUUGAGAAAUCGAGUAAUGUUUGACCCAAAUCUGAUCUAAUGUUGGAAAGUGUGUGGUCAGAAUUUUUACAUACUCUGAGUAAUAGUAUUAGUAUUUAGGCAAAAAUAUUUGUAUAAGUAUUUCAAUAAGCUACUCAGGUCUGAAUAAUAUGUGGACCCAAGGGAAAAAACAUAUUCUUAAGACAGAUUCAGAUUUUCACUUGAUCCAGAUUUGCACCAAAAAACAAAAACAGAAAAAAAGAAGAUAUUCUGGGAAAAAUAUUACAUUCAGAAGAAAUUACAUCAAAAGCAUAAAAUACAACACACAUAACAUGAUUAUUUGUUGUUUAUUAUCGUAUUGUUGAUCUAUUCAUAUUUCCGCCAUAGGGACAAAGCAGAAAAUACAAUAUUAUGUUGGACACACCUACGCCAUCUAAAGCCACAAGGGGGCUGCAACACAUCAUACAGUACUAUGAUAUAAACAGGAAAAUGACAUUCUGCCUGUAGCAACUCAUGUUGUAGAUUAAAUUGUGUGCGAGAAAAUAAAUGUAAAAUAUACUGGAUGCAAGAUUAAAUAUAAAAACACAUGCAGAAGCAAAACAAAGAAACCUGAUUCAGGCUUCAUUUGGACAGUAUAACGAGAUUGCCUCAGUUUGUGUUUUACGCAGAUAUUUUCAAUGUAAAGCAUUUUCCAUUGUUUAGGGAAGGCGUGGAUCAGUAAAACCAGACAUUAUUGCAUAGGUCAGGUUUUUCUGCUAUGAAGAAUUACAACUGCAAAUGCAAGGAGUUAUGGACUGCAGCCUUCAUUUUUCAGAGAGUAAGGUUGUGGGUGGAAAGCGAGGGGUGCAUGAUCAAUGAACGCCACCGUGCCUAGAAUGUUUAUGUGUUUACAGCAUUUUCACAGCCAGAUUUAGAAUUCAGUUGUGAUGUUGGCCUAGGUUGCACAGACUAGAUAACAAAUAUUUCACAUAUUAUAGGCUAAUUCUCCCCCCUGUGCAUUGAUAUUCCUUAAUUGUAGCAAUGACCUCCACCUUGCAGUGACCAUGAACCUCAAAACUAAUAAUCAAUUUAACCAAGAUAGGCGAUCAAAUCUGCAUAAAAGCAUUCAUCUGGUCUACGGAUUGCGCUCCAUGACAAUACACCUUAACAUCUUUCACCAUGUAGACAUCCUUCCACCAUCUCUAAAUUUAUCUCUCUAAAAUUGAUAUUAAAUAUUUAUAUCACUCCAGCUUUAAGUGGGCUUCCCCUCUUCAAGGAUUCAUCUUUGGCCGCCCCCUCAGAGGUAAGCUCUCCAUUUGGCGAAGCGGAAGGGAGAUUCCUCAGCUCUUCCAGUCAUACCCCCUCCACUGUAUGAUGUUACCGUUACGCACCACUAUAAUAAGAGGAGACGUGAUUCUCCGGGGCGAAUCCCUGCCGACGUCACUCCCAGUCCCAUAUAAAUAGACUGAGCACCGACUCUGAUCAGACUCAAGCAAAACGGCUUUUUCGGGCUACAACAACUCUUCAAACCAAGGAUUAUUGGAUUGCCUUCGUUCGAUUUAAUUCCCAGCACCGAAUCAUCGGUACAAACACAAUGACUCUCAACAAGGGUGACAAAUUGCGGAACAUGGACAAGAGAAGAGGCAGCAUGCCGUUCCCCAUGAAUCUACCAAACCUACACCGGAGAAGCAUGCCCGUGGACGACCGGGACCUGCGCGCCACGAUGCCACAGACUGGGCAGACCGACGAGCUGUCGAACCUCCUGCGCUGUACGUCCUACUCCCCGACCGAGCAGCACCGAGGAAGCUGCGCGUCGGACUCCUCCGACUCCGUGAUCUCCACCGGCAGCGAAGCGGAGUCCCAGGUGUACAAGGUGGUUCUCCUCGGGGAGAACGGCGUUGGCAAGUCCAGCCUGGCGCGCGUCUUUGGAGGAGUUGAGGAUGCUGGUCACGAUUGCGAUGAAGCAGGAAACACUUAUGACAGAUCUAUCGUGGUGGAUGAAGAAGAGGCAUCAAUUGUGUUGUAUGACAUCUGGGAGCAGGAUAACAGCCAGUGGCUGAAGGAACAGUGCAUGAGGAUGGGAGACGCCUACAUCAUCGUGUAUUCAGUGACAGACAAAUCAAGCUUUGAGAAGGCGUCAGAGCUGCGUAUUCAGCUGCGCCGGGCCAGGCAGUCAGAGAACAUUCCCAUCAUCCUCGUGGGCAACAAGAGUGACCUGGUGCGGUCCAGAGAGGUGUCUGUAGAUGAGGGAAGUGCCUGCGCAGUGGUAUUCGACUGCAAAUUCAUUGAGACAUCUGCCUCCCUUCACCACAAUGUGCAGGACCUAUUUGAGGGCAUAGUCAGACAGAUCCGCUUGAGGAAAGACAGCAAGGAGGAGAAUGCACGGCGCAUGGCCAACUGCAGGCGUAGGGAGAGCAUCGGCAAGAAGGCUAAACGGUUUCUUGGCCGCAUGGUUGCACGCAAGAACAAGAAGAUGGCUUUUAGGCAGAAGUCAAAGUCCUGCCAUGACCUAACAGUUCUCUGAGGAACAAAUGGGACAGACAGACAUUUUUUCUUUGGCCUGUGAAGACCAGACGCUGUGUGUGUUUUAACACUAACCCUAAAGGACUAAUAGAGCUGUACAGAAAUAUAUUUUUAUUUUCUAGACACCAACCAAAAGCAAAGAAAGGACUUAAUUAAUUAAAAUGAUAUCAUUAUCAUGAUAAUGGUGAUAACCUGCAUGAAGCUUUUCAUUUUUUUCUGUUUGCCUUAAACAUGUUCAUAAUGUGAUCAGUAUGUAUGAAAAAUCCACAAAGGAUUGUUAUUUCUAAUGAGUUGCAAAGAUUGCCUUGCUGUUGGGUUAUUGUUGUGCUCCUUUCCCGGAGGGGAUAGAUGUAUAUAUUAUAACAUGAAUGAUGCUGAAUGUGACAUACAUCUCAUUAUCCUAAAAGACACGGUACAGGAUCACAAUACAAGGUCAUCUGGAGUUAUACUUACUUGAAACGUGGUACGCAGGUUCGUGCCUCGGCCAAGUUACUGAGGAUAAAUCAAAGAUGAGAGAAAACUUCUGCUAUUCUAUAUUGUUCCAUAACACUGAAUUCAGGUUGUGAAUGUAUGAGUAAAGCAAUAAGUUAUAUUAUUCUUGUGAACCUUGACAUCAUUUGGAAAUUCUUUGUUUACGUUGAUUUCAUUUUUCAAUAAAAUAUAAAAUCAAAUCAAUCAAA